AACAAAACCAGGUAACCAAACAAAGGAAUGAUCAUGAUAGUAAGUUACCAUCAAAUCCUGCGGAAGUAGAAGACCUACGCCGUGACUCAGCUGCAAAUCCAUUGAUUGUAUUCACUUAUGAUGAGUUGAAGAUAAUAACUGCAAAUUUUAGGCCAGAUCGUGUGUUGGGGGGAGGAGGAUUUGGAAGUGUGUAUAAAGGGUUCAUUUCUGAGGAGUUAAGGCAGGGGCUUCCUACCCUUGCUGUAGCUGUUAAGGUUCAUGACGGUGACAAUAGCCAUCAAGGGCACAGAGAAUGGCUGGCAGAAGUCAUAUUUUUGGGGCAGCUUUCACAUCCAAAUCUAGUCAAAUUAGUUGGAUACUGCUGCGAGGAUGAACAUAGGGUACUGAUAUAUGAGUACAUGUCCCGGGGAAGUGUGGAACACAACUUGUUCUCAAAAAUUUUGCUUCCCAUGCCAUGGUCCAUUAGAAUGAAGAUUGCAUUUGGUGCUGCUAAGGGACUUGCAUUUCUUCAUGAAGCAGAGAAACCUGUCAUAUAUCGUGAUUUCAAGACAUCAAACAUUUUAUUAGACCAGGACUACAAUGCAAAACUUUCUGACUUUGGCCUUGCUAAGGAUGGACCAGUUGGAGACAAAUCACAUGUUUCUACACGAGUAAUGGGAACAUAUGGUUAUGCAGCACCUGAAUACAUAAUGACAGGUCAUCUGACUCCAAGAAGUGAUGUUUACAGUUUUGGGGUUGUUCUUCUUGAACUUCUCACAGGAAGAAAAUCUUUAGACAAGUUAAGACCUGCUAGAGAGCAGAACCUUGCAGAAUGGGCUCUGCCUUUGCUGAAGGAAAAGAAGAAAUUUCUAAACAUAAUAGAUCCAAGGCUGGAUGGUGAUUAUCCAAUUAAAGCAGUUCACAAGGCUGCAAUGCUUGCAUACCAUUGCUUGAACCGCAAUCCAAAAGCAAGGCCUCUAAUGCGAGAUAUUGUGGACUCAUUGGAGCCUUUGCAGGCACACACAGAGGUCUCUAUUGGCAAAACAUUGACCAUAAUCAGUGAGGUUCCCGAAUCUGUGACAUUGCCAAGAACCACCCAAAUUCACCCAACCUUAUUUUCUUCCUCCACCAAGUUCUUUUCUUCCAGAAGCCCCUCGUAUUGGGGUGUUUCCUUUUGUUUCUCAAACACCCUUUUGUCAAGACCGUUGCUUUUUGCUGUUAAGGCUUCAUCUGGGGUUGGGUCAGAAGCAUCCAAACAGGAGAGUGACAGGAGUGAAGAAGAAGAGGAGGAACCGUAUGAAGAGUACGAGGUUGAGAUUGAGCAGCCUUUUGGACUCAAAUUUGCAAAGGGUAGGGAUGGAGGAACUUACAUUGAUGCUAUUGCACCGGGAGGAUCAGCUGAUAAGGCUGGAGUCUUCACUGUAGGGGAUAAAGUCCUUGCUACCAGUGCAGUUUUUGGGACUGAAAUUUGGCCAGCUGCAGAAUAUGGAAGAACAAUGUACACGAUUCGCCAAAGAAUUGGCCCAUUGCUGAUGAAAAUGCAGAAAAGAUAUGGAAAGAGUAUUGAUAGUGGUGGUGAGUUAACUGAAAAGGAAAUUAUCAGGGCUGAGAGGAACUCCGGGGUAAUCAGCAAUAGAGUGAGAGAAAUUCAAAUGCAAAAUGCUUUGAGGAAAAGGGAACAGAAAGAACGCAGAGAAAGGGAUUUGAGAGAAGGAUUGCAACUAUAUAAGAAUGGAAAAUAUGAGGAAGCACGAGAGAGAUUUGAGUCUAUUUUGGGAUCAAAACCAGAACCUGAGGAAACAGCAGUUGCAAGUUACAACGUUGCUUGUUGUUACUCUAAGCUAAACCAGAUUCAAGCUGCACUUUCUUCACUGGAAGAAGCACUGAAUUCUGGUUUUGAAGACUUCAAGAGACUGAAAACUGAUCCUGAUCUGGCGAACGUCAGGAAGUCAGAGGAAUUUGAUCCUUUGUUGAAAAGAUUUGAUGAAUCUUUCAUCAAUGAGAAUGCCAUCAAUGCCAUCAAAUCUCUUUUUGGGUUUGGUAAGAAAUAA